UGCAGCAUCCCGAAACUGCCCGGGACUCCCGGCCGAGCGGAGCCCAGCGAGCCCAGCCCCGGCCGCCGCCUGCCCCCCGGCAGCAUGAACGCGCGCGGCUCAGUCCUCGUCCUCCUGUUGCUGCUCUGUCUGGCGCAGGUGUUUUCACAGUCGUGUGUGUGGUAUGGAGAGUGUGGAAUUGCAUCUGGAGACAAGAGGUAUAAUUGCAAAUAUUCUGGGCCACCGAAACCAUUGCCAAAAGAUGGGUAUGAUUUAGUGCAGGAACUCUGUCCAGGAUUCUUCUUUGACAAUGUCAGUCUUUGUUGUGAUGUCCAGCAGCUUCAGACACUGAGAAACAACCUGCAGCUGCCACUGCAGUUUCUGUCCAGAUGCCCAUCCUGUUUUUAUAACCUAAUAACCCUGUUUUGUGAGCUGACAUGCAGCCCUCGACAGAGUCAGUUUCUGAAUGUUACAGAAACUGAAGAGUAUGUUGAUCCUGUUACAAAUCAGACAAAAACAAAUGUAAAAGAAUUACAGUAUUAUCUUGGGGAGAGUUUUGCCAAUGCGAUGUACAAUGCCUGCCGGGAUGUGGAGGCCCCCUCAAGUAAUGUCAAAGCCCUGGGACUCCUGUGUGGGAAGGAAGCCAAAGCUUGCAACGCCACCAACUGGAUCGAGUACAUGUUUAAUAAGGACAAUGGCCAGGCACCUUUCACUAUCAUACCUAUUUUUUCAGACUCUGAAACCCACGGGAUGGUACCCAUGAACAAUGCCACCAAGGGCUGCAACGAGUCUGUGGACGAGGUCACGGGACCAUGCAGCUGCCAGGACUGCUCAGCUGUCUGUGGCCCCAAACCCCAGCCCCCACCCACUCCUGCUCCCUGGAGAAUCUUGGGCCUGGAUGCCAUGUAUGUCAUCAUGUGGAUCACCUACAUGGCAUUUUUGCUUAUGUUUUUUGGAGCAUUUUUUGCUGUGUGGUGCUACAGAAAACGGUAUUUUGUUUCUGAGUACACCCCGAUCGAUAGCAACAUAGCUUUCUCUGUGAACGCCAGUGACAAAGGAGAGGCAGCCUGCUGUGACCCUCUGAGUGCGGCCUUCGAGGGGUGUUUGAGGCGGUUCUUUGCACAGUGGGGCUCUUUCUGCGUCCGAAACCCAGGCUGUGUCAUUUUCUUCUCCGUGGCCUUCAUUGUCGCCUGUGCUUCAGGCUUGGUUUUUGCCCGGGUCACAACCAAUCCAGUCGACCUCUGGUCCGCCCCCAGCAGCCAGGCGCGUCUGGAGAAAGAGUACUUUGACACCCACUUUGGACCUUUCUUUCGCACGGAGCAACUCAUCAUCCAGGCCCCUAACACCCAGAUACACACUUACCAACCAUACCCAUCAGGAUCCGACGUGCCCUUUGGACCUCCGCUUGACAAAGAGAUUUUGCACCAGGUUCUUGACUUACAAAUAGCCAUUGAAAACAUCGCUGCAUCUUAUAACAACAAGACUGUGACACUUCAGGAUAUCUGCUUGGCUCCUCUCUCACCAUAUAAUAAUAACUGCACCAUUAUGAGCGUGUUAAAUUACUUCCAGAACAGCCACACCAUGCUGGACCACAUGAUAGGGGACGACUUCUAUGUGUAUGCGGAUUACCACACACACUUUCUAUACUGUACACGGGCUCCUGCCUCACUGAAUGAUACAAGUUUGCUCCAUGAUCCUUGCCUGGGUACUUUUGGAGGACCUGUGUUCCCGUGGCUUGUGUUAGGCGGCUAUGAUGAUCAAAACUACAAUAACGCCACAGCUCUGGUGAUUACCUUUCCUGUCAAUAAUUACUAUAACGACACAGAGAAACUCCAGAAGGCCCAGGCCUGGGAAAAAGAGUUUAUUAAUUUUGUGAAAAACUAUAAGAAUCCAAAUCUGACCAUUUCCUUCACUGCUGAACGAAGUAUUGAAGAUGAACUGAAUCGUGAAAGUAACAGUGAUAUCUUCACUGUUGUAAUCAGCUAUGCCAUCAUGUUCCUGUAUAUUUCCAUAGCCUUGGGGCAUAUCAAAAGCUGUCGAAGGUUCCUGGUGGAUUCUAAAAUCUCCCUCGGCAUCGCGGGUAUCCUCAUUGUGUUGAGCUCAGUGGCAUGCUCAUUGGGCAUCUUCAGCUAUGUUGGGAUCCCCCUCACCCUCAUCGUGAUUGAAGUCAUCCCAUUCCUGGUACUGGCUGUUGGGGUAGACAACAUCUUCAUUCUGGUCCAGACCUACCAGAGAGACGAACGUCUUCAAGGGGAAACUCUGGACCAGCAGCUGGGCAGGGUCCUAGGAGAAGUGGCUCCUAGUAUGUUCCUGUCAUCUUUUUCAGAGACCGUGGCGUUUUUCUUAGGAGCCUUGUCAGUGAUGCCCGCCGUGCACACGUUCUCUCUGUUUGCGGGCAUGGCUGUCUUCAUCGACUUCCUUCUUCAGAUUACCUGUUUUGUGAGCCUCCUAGGGCUAGACAUUAAGCGGCAAGAGAAAAACCAGCUGGACAUCCUUUGCUGUGUCAAGGGCGCUGAAGAUGGCACAAGUGUCCAGGCCUCUGAGAGCUACUUGUUUCGGUUCUUCAAAAACUCCUAUUCUCCAUUUCUGCUUAAGGAUUGGAUGAGACCAAUUGUGAUAGCAAUAUUCGUGGGUGCUCUGUCAUUCAGUAUUGCCGUCCUGAACAAAGUAGAGAUUGGAUUGGAUCAGUCCCUUUCAAUGCCAGAUGACUCCUACGUGAUGGAUUAUUUCAAGUCCCUCAGCCAGUUCCUGCACGCAGGUCCGCCCGUCUACUUCGUCCUGGAGGAAGGGCACAAUUAUACUACUUUGAGAGGGCAGAACCUGGUGUGCGGGGGCAUGGGCUGCAACAACGACUCCCUGGUGCAACAAAUCUUCAACGCAGCUCAGAUGGAGAACUAUUCCCGAAUAGGCUUUGCUCCCUCGUCAUGGAUUGAUGAUUAUUUUGAUUGGAUUAAGCCCCAGUCUUCUUGCUGUAGAAUCUACAAUAGCACUGAUCAGUUCUGCAAUGCUUCAGUGGUGGACCCCGCCUGCGUGCGCUGCAGGCCUCUGACUCCAGAGGGCAAACAGAGACCUCAGGGUGAAGACUUCAUGGCGUUCCUGCCCAUGUUCCUUUUGGACAACCCAAACCCUAAAUGUGGCAAAGGGGGUCAUGCUGCUUACAGCUCUGCGGUGAACAUCCUUGACAAUAACAAGCGUGUUGGAGCCACGUACUUCAUGACCUACCACACCGUGCUCCGGACCUCCGCUGACUUCAUUGACGCCAUGAGAAAGGCCCGCCAGGUUGCCAGUAAUAUCACCAAAACCAUGGGCCUCGAAGAUAGUACUUACCGGGUGUUCCCAUACAGUGUCUUCUAUGUCUUCUAUGAGCAGUACCUUACCAUCAUUGAUGACACCAUCUUCAACCUCAGCGUGUCCCUGGGCGCCAUCUUCUUGGUGACCACAGUCCUGCUGGGCUUCGAGCUGUGGUCUGCAGUGAUCAUGUGUGUCACCAUCGCCAUGAUUCUGAUCAACAUGUUUGGAGUUAUGUGGUUGUGGGGCAUCAGUCUGAAUGCCGUCUCCUUGGUCAACUUGGUUAUGAGCUGUGGCAUUUCCGUGGAAUUUUGCAGCCACAUUACAAGAGCGUUCACUGUAAGCGCGAAGGGGAGCCGUGUACAGCGGGCGGAAGAGGCACUCUCACACAUGGGCAGCUCUGUAUUCAGUGGAAUCACACUAACAAAAUUUGGAGGGAUUGUGGUGUUGGCCUUUGCUAAAUCUCAGAUUUUCCAGAUAUUUUACUUCAGGAUGUACUUAGCUAUGGUCUUACUAGGAGCCACUCAUGGAUUAAUAUUCCUCCCUGUCUUACUCAGUUACAUAGGACCAUCAGUAAAUAAAUCCAAAAGUUUGGUCACUCGAGAGCAAUACAAAGGUACAGAACGUGAACACCUCCUAAAUUUCUAGCCCUCUUAUUGGCUCAGGGACUUUGAACUGUGUCUGCAGGUCGGUCAGUUUCCCGCUGGACAGUAAGUAGCUGCCCUGUCAAGGUGAAGUUGAAGGAACACCAGAUGUUACCAAACGUGGGGCUAUUUGAACAGCAGCAGCUUUGGCCAUAGUGCUUUUAAACUCAGGAACGCAAACUUGUGAAGCAGUAUUAUGAAGUUGAAGGCAACCAGAUUCCAAUUCUCCAGGAGUGAAACCCGAUUCUUCAGUAGGUGGAAGGUGACACUAGGAUGACUAUGAAUGUGAUCUGCUCACUGACACUUUUUAAAGGCCAAUCAAUGCUGUGUUUCUCCUUUUUUUUAGGAGUAAGCCAUCCCAAGUUCUGUACCAUAUUUUAGUAACAUUUGAGGAUGUUGUAGAUACAGUUUAUUAUAACAUUUUAUAGUUUAAAGAGCUUUAUUAAUGCAAUAAAUUAACUUUGUACACAUUUUAUAUAUAUAUAUAUAUAAAAAGACAACUAACAAGCGAUUUCAGAAUGUUGUAGGCCUCAUCAGAGCUUGGUCUCCAAAAACCUGUUUGAAAAAAGCAACAUGUUCUUCACAGUGUUCUCCUGUAAAGGAAAAUACAGAUUUAAUCCAUUUGAUGUGGCAUGAAAAGAAGAAAAGCUGCGAAUGAACUCUGUAGUUCAUAGAUGUGUGUACUGGGGUUUUAACUUAUUUUUCUCUCAUAAAAUACUGUUUUCCUAAGCUUUUGAGUUGUCC